CUUUCACAUUUUGUACACCACCACCUCCUCUUUCUUUCCACUUCUCUCGGGUCAAGCUUUCACACUCUCCAUCAUUUUCCUUUUUUGAAGCUUCAGCUGCUGCCUCUCUCUUUCUCCCUCUCUCUCUCCCCCCUUUUUUCUCUCCCUCUCCUGGAAGCUGCGUUGGUGUCCUAGGAGGGAGAGUAGAGGAGAGGCGAAACGUUUUUGAUCUUUUCUUAGCUUCUCCGAUAUGGGGUGUUGCUUGAGUGCAAGGAUCACUGACAAUCUUUUUCGAACAGGGGGGAGACCAAAUGUCUCGGGUGGUUUGAGCGGUAGGGUGUCAUCCUAUUCGGGGCCUCAAACUCCUCGGACAGAGGAUGAGAUAUUGCAGUCAACCAAUUUGAAGAGCUUCAGCUAUACUGAGCUCAGGGUGGCGACCAGGAACUUCCGGCCUGACAGUGUGUUGGGUGAAGGAGGUUUCGGGAGCGUUUACAAGGGAUGGGUUGAUGAACAAACCUUCGCUGCAACCAAGCCUGGAACUGGCAUUGUCAUUGCGGUCAAGCGGCUUAACCAAGAAGGUUUCCAAGGUCACAAGGAGUGGCUGACCGAAAUUAAUUACCUGGGGCAGCUGUACCAUCCUAAUCUAGUGAAACUGAUUGGUUUUUGCUUGGAAGAUGAGCACCGGCUUCUGGUGUAUGAAUUUAUGCCCCGAGGCAGCUUGGAAAAUCAUCUGUUCAGGAAGAAUUCCUCCUAUCAACCACUUUCUUGGAAACUCCGCCUAAAGAUUGCACUUGGUGCUGCCAGAGGCGUCGCGUUUCUCCAUAGUGAUGAGGCCAAAGUGAUAUAUCGUGACUUUAAGCCAUCCAACAUCUUAUUGGAUACGAAUUACGAUGCAAAACUUUCUGAUUUUGGAUUGGCCAAGGAUGGGCCGACAGGCGACAAAAGCCAUGUCUCUACAAGAAUAAUGGGUACCUUUGGAUAUGCUGCUCCAGAAUAUAUGGCCACAGGGCAUCUCACUGCAAGGAGCGACGUCUACAGCUUUGGGGUUGUCCUCCUCGAAAUGCUAUGUGGCCGGCGAGCGGUGGACAAAAACAGGCCAGCGAGAGAGCACAACUUAGUUGAAUGGGCCAAACCUUGCCUUACUAGCAAACGGAAGAUUCUCCAAGUGAUGGAUCCUCGUAUUCAAGGGCAGUACUCAGUGGGCGGGGCCCUGAAAUUGGCGAAGCUCGCAAUAGGUUGCCUCUCAACUGAACCUAAGUACAGGCCGACUAUGAACGAGGUGGUCAGAGCAUUGGAGCAACUCCAGGCUUCUGAAGAGGCGAAAGCUAAUGAAACUUUAUCGGAGGGGCAACACCCUUCAAGUUCGAGCGACGGCUCCAAACAUCCUAGAAGUACCAACCGCAAUCAUAACGAACACAAUGUGCUUUAAUGAAUGGCAUGCUUUGUAGAGUGAUGCCACAUUGGGAGGCGGCAUUUGAACUUGGCGUAGCCACGCUCACUGAAUGAGGCUUCAGUUUGGAGGCUGUAAGGCACAGACAACUCUGAUCCCCCAAUCGUUCUGUCCCAUUGAUUUCAGUGCCUCACUGCCAAAUCCUGAAGAGAGAAUAUCGUGUCUGGUUGUAUGUUAUUCCUGCAUAGCCUAUAGUAUCAUCCACUUGCUGUGUAUAUAGAUGCUGUUUACUGUUCCUGUACUUCAGUCACUAGUAAUGAAUACCGACUUUUGCCUUGCCGAGUAAA